AUGAUCGCCUCCGCCUCCAAGAUCGCCGUAGGCCUCAUCGCUCUCGCUGGCCUUGUAGAAGCCCAGUCAGUGCCUCGCUUCGUGUACGGGACCCCGAACCCCAACGCACCUGGUGUGAAAAGCCGUAACAAGAAUGGCGCGACAAAUCCAAAGAGCGCGCAGCUCAACACCCCCAUCAACCAGACCUCGGUCUCCCGACUGGCCUCUAUCAACUCGAUCGACGACUGGUGCACCUUUGGCCCGGAGCCGGUACCCAACACGCAGCAAAUGGGCGACAUCGAGCAGACUACCGUCGCGUACUGCACCAAGGCGCGCAACAACGCCCGUGUCAUUCCGGACGGCACCCUAACCGCCGUACACUUUGUCAAGACACCGCUGUACGUCCAGGUCAUGGCGCUCGGUGACUUCACCAAGAUCAACAUGGCACCUGGGGAUCUGGGCGGAGAGCUUGACCCGCACGGCGCCACCAACAUGGGCAACCCAGUCGGCGGAAAUGUCACUUCGAAUGUAGCAGACGGCAAGACAGACGUCUUCUACCAGGAGUGGAUGAACUACAUUUCGUCCAGCCAAGUCUGCUUCCGCGUCUGCAUUGCUGGUACCGACAUUGCCCCCACGCCGCUCGAAUGCCAACAUCAGCUCGACACCAUGGGCUGCAACUGGGUCAUGCCAGGCAACUACGCCGACAACUCGUUUGACACUUGCGACGGUGAUGCGGCGUACCCGCCCGGUCUCUACCCUCAGCCGGACGGCUCGACCUCGACCUUCCAGCAGUUCUUCACCGGCACAUACGUCGGUGCCGGCGGCAGCGUCAUUUCAUACACCAACGGUUCGCCUACCCAGACGACUCCGCAAUCCGCCUACUCUCUGCCAUCCACGUCGAACUGCGUCACCACCUCGUCGAUCUCGAACGGCAUCAAGGCGAUUAUGCCCACGACGACCAUGUCCACCGCCGUCAGCAGCUCGACCAGCAGCAGCUCUGGCAGCAGCAACAACAACAGCAGCGGCGGUUCAAGCAGCAGCAGCUCGUUCAACUCAGGCGCGUCGCGCGCCACAGUUGCCGCUUCGUUUGUUGCUGCGAUUGGCCUCUUCUCGGCCGCGCUCAUGUUCUAG